AUGGCGAAUCGCCAGCUCGACAAGAAUGCGGCGGCCGUGCGCAAGCAGAUCGCGUCCCGCAAGUUCGAGGGCGAGGAUGGCGAGGAGUACGGCGCCAGCCGCUUCGGCGAGUUUGGCGACUACUUCCGGCGCAAGAAGCUCAAGCUGCAAAACGAAGACACCAUCAUGCGCCAGGCCGUCCAGGGCAAGCCGCAGAUCUUCAAGGACGUGACGGCCCACGUGGCCAGCUACACGCAGCCGCCGUCCGAGGAGCUGCGUCGCCUGCUGGUCCUCCACGGCGGCGUCUACGUCAAGUACCUCGACUACAAGACCAUGGUGUCGCACAUUGUUGCGUCGACGCUGCCGCCCAAAAAGGCCGACGAGUGGCGCCGCCUGCGCGUCGUGCGGCCCGCCUGGAUUCUGGACUCCAUUGCCGCCGGCCGCAUGCUGCCCUGGUCCGACUACCGGCUGAUCAACGAUGGCCCGGGCCAGACGCGGAUCCGGCUGGACGGCAGCAAGAUGGCCGUGCAGGCCGGGCGGCCGGACCAGAUGGCUGGCUACCGCGAGCAGAGCAAGGACAGCUACUACGCCGGCCAGAUGCAGCGGCUCGCUGCGUCUCACGAACGUGUAGGCACGACGACGUCGAGCAUUUUUCAGCAGCUGGAGACGACGGUGCAGGGCGAGGACGGCGAGGACGGCGAGGACGGCGAGGACGGCGGGGAUGGCGGGGAUGGCGGGGAUGGCGGGGAUGGCGAGGGCCACGAGCACGACGUUCCCAACUUUGGCAUCGACAGUGACCCGCUGUCGUCGUUGGAAAAGGAAAAGGGAAAGGGCAAGGCGGACGGUGUGGCAGCCGACAGCUCGUUUGAUGCCCGCCAUCUGCUCGAGGACGUGGACGUGGACGACACAUAUAUGGAGGGCAUUGAGCAAGAACCUACGGCAGAGUCCGACCCUGUGGCCGAGCCCGAGCCCGAGCCCGAGCCAUGUCAAGACCUGCCACCUGGGCAGGGGAUGAUGAAAAUGGACGACGCAGACGACGCAGACGACGACGACAAACACAUGGCGGCCCUGCAAGCUAGCUCUCCGAGCAAGCCGCCCCGAGACGCACCUGGCAAGCCCAUGACGUCGGAAGAACACAACGCUCUGCUGCUGGCCGACCCCAAGCUCCGCAAGGCAUCCUCUGCGAACCCCGACUUUCUCAAGCAGUUUUACGCGGAGAGCCGGCUGCACCACCUGUCCACCUGGAAAGCCGAGCUCAAGGCCAAGAUGCAGCGCCUCGCGGCGGACAAGGACAAGGGCCGGCGGGCGACCGCACCCACGGCCGCCCCAGGGAGCAAGACGACGAGACGCUACGUCAUGCACGUCGACUUUGACAGCUUUUUCUGUGCCGUGUCGCUCAAGAGCGCGCCCGCGUACGUCGACAGGCCGGCGGCCGUGGCGCACUCGGCCGGCCGUGCCGCCGAGAUCGCCUCGUGCAACUACCCGGCGCGCGCGUUCGGCGUCAAGAACGGCAUGUGGAUGCGCCGCGCGCUCGAGCUGUGCCCGGACCUCAAGGUGCUGCCGUACGAUUUCCCGGCCUACGAAGAGGCCAGCGCGCUGUUUUACGAGGCCCUGCUCGCCCUGGGCGACGGCAGCGUCGUCCAGAGCGUGAGCGUCGACGAGGCCCUGGUGGACAUUACGCGCCUGGUCGUCGGCGGCGACCAGGGCGACACCAGUGAUCCGACCGUGCUGGCGCGCGAGCAGGACGCGGCCGACGCGCUGGCGGCCACGCUGCGGCGGCAGAUCAAGGACUCGACGGGCUGCGACGUCUCCGUGGGCAUUGGCGGCAACAUUUUGCUGGCCAAGGUGGCGCUGCGGCGCGCGAAGCCCGCGGGCCAGUACCAGCUGCGGCCCGCGGCGGUGCUCGACGUCCUGGGCGACCUCGCCGUCGAGCAGCUGCCCGGCGUCGCGUACAGCAUCGGCGGCAAGCUCGACGAGAUGGGCGUCCGGCUGGUGCGCGACCUGCGCGCCCUCUCCAAGGACCGCCUCGUGACGGUGCUGGGGCCCAAGACGGGCGAGCGGCUCUACGCGUAUGCCCGCGGCAUCGACUCGGCGGCCGUCGGCGAUCAGCCCGUGCGCAAGUCGGUGUCGGCCGAGGUCAACUGGGGCAUCCGCUUCGUCCGCCAGGACGAGGCCGAGGAGUUUGUGCUCAACCUGUGCCGGGAGCUCGAGCGCCGGCUGCUGAACGAGCAGGUCCAGGGCCGCUCCCUGACGAUGAAGAUUUUGCGGCGCGCGUCCGAUGCGCCGCUGGACCCCGAGAAGCACCUGGGCCACGGCAAGUGCGACGUGUUCAACAAGAGCGUGGUCUUUGGCGUGGCCACACACGAUGCCGAGCGGAUCGCCAAAGAAGCCGUGUCCAUCCUGCGGUCCUUUCACUUUUCGCCCGGCGACCUCCGGGGGCUGGGCGUGCAGCUGCAAAAGCUCGAGCCGAUCCGUGGUGGCGGCGGUGCUGGCGGUGGACUCGACGCGGCGGCGCGCGACAGCAGCCAAAAGAAACUGUCGUUUGGGAGUGCUGGUGUGGCGUCUGGAGCGCCGAGACCAGCAUCAAGCCGGCCUGCCGUACAACAUCAGACAGCCGACAAGCCAAAACCGCUACGAAAGAGCAUCUUUACGACACCCGUUGCGCCUCUUGUGAGUAGAGGACACAAUACGAUGGAGGAUGGUCCUAGACAAGCGGACAGUGCACUGCCAUCCAUGGCGCUUGCCAGCACACAGUUUUUUAUGCCAGCCAACCCAGAUCCCAGUGUGCUGGCCGAGCUGCCACCGGACAUUAUUCGACGCCUUGUUGGGGAGCGCCCGCAAGAGGUUGAGCACAGCGGUGCAGGCAACAACAGCAACAGCAAUAGCAACAGCAACAGCCGGAACCUGUCUCCUGUGAAGCGAGAGUCGCGAGGACCGAGCCUGGCUCCGUCCGGCGUCGGCGACCUGCCGGCCGACAUUGACCCCGAGGUGUUUGAAGCGCUGCCGGCCGACAUGCGCGCCGAAGUCCUGGCCGAGUAUCGGCGACAUGCCCGGCAGCCGUCCCACUCGCCGGCGCCGUCACCGCGCCGUGGCAACAAGACCAAGGCGGUGCAUGCGCCGGGACACGGCAGCGGCCAUGCCGCCAAGAAAGGGUCGCCCGUCAAGCGAGGCAUCUGGGGCACGCGUGGGCUGGCGGCGGCGGCGGCGGCGCGUGAACGCCGGCACGAUGCGCAGGCCAACCGCGUGCAGACGAGCAUCUUUGUGCCGCGGCCACCACCCGAGGAUGCGGAUGCGGAUGCGGAUGCAGGCAUCGACAGCAACGGCGACGAUGGACUGGAGGCGUUUGAUCCCGAGGUCCUGGCGGCUCUGCCAGACGACGUGCGCGAGGAGGUACUCGAGGACUACCGGCGGCGGCAGCAGGCCGGGCAGGCGCAGCAGGCGCAGCUGGCGCAACCUCUGCGGCUCGAGAUGCCUGCCCACCGCGGCCGCAGCGAUGCUCCUCCUGCUGCUGCGCAGCAGCCGACCGGUGCGGCAUCGACCGCGCUCGAAAAAAGACCCCUGCUUCUGCAGCAGCAACCGUUGGGGCUCAAGCGGCCCAUGCUCCAGUUCCCAGCACCGCCGCCCAAGAUGGGCUUCCGCGCAUCGUCGUCGGAACACGCGCAAGAGGCGCCCGUCGUGCUGUCGCUGGCCGACACCAAGGCGAUGCUCAAGACAUGGCACAGCGCCACGCGCGACGAGGGACCGCACGAUACCGACGUCGAGGUGCUGGAGCGGUAUCUCGCGGGCGUGGUUACGCAAGAGUGCGACAUGGAAAAGGCGCGUAAGCUGGUCGUCUGGCUGGCGUGGUUGGUGGACGAAGACGACGGCGAGGCGGUCGCGGACGACGACGAUGGCACGGUGGGACGACAGAGCUGGCAGUUUGCGCUGGACCGUGUCAAAGAGGCCGUGCAGGCGGCGAUGCAGACGCGAGGCCUCGGGCCGCUGCAGUUCUAG